AACAAAUAAAACUUGUUGAGCGUAGCGGUAGAAUCGACCAACUUGUCGUUCCCGCUCUGUCGCACGUGUUUGUUGUUAUUCUAAUUAUACAUAUCCACAUGCAGAAGAACACGCAAGCGUACGCAUUAAAAAAACUCUACACGUCACCAAAGUUUCUCCCCCACAGGUGUGUGGUGCUGCCAGCCAAAGCAAAAUGCGUCAAUUGAAAGGCAAGGUCAAGGAGACGCGCAAGCAGAAGAAGGAGCGUAAACUAGAUAAUGUGGAAAUUCAAGGAAAAAUUCGUACAAUUGUUUUGCCGGCCAUGGGCGUCUUAGCGUUAUUUGUAGUGCUGUUCGUCUACCUUAAGACGCGGCCUGCAGUGACUGCCUAGUGGACACACAAACUGCAGCGAUGAACAUGCAUCCCGUCCGAUGACCGUCUAUAGGCUUAAGUUAGUGUAUUUUCUGAAUUUAAAUGUUACCUGUGCAGUGUGCAAUUCAUGUCUAACGUCGUUUACUGUACAAAUUAAUAUGUAUGCAUAGUAAAAGUAAAAGAAUACCAUUCCACUCUCUGCGGAGUGUGAUUCUAAGGUA